AUGAAUGUGGAACAUGAAAUUAGCCUCUUAGUUGAGGAGAUUCGGCGGUUGGGAACCAAAAAUGCUGAUGGACAAGUGAGCGUGAAAUUUGGUGUACUCUUUGCUGAUGAAAAGUGUGCCAACCUUUUUGAAGCCCUAGUGGGAACUCUUAAGGCUGCAAAACGACGGAAGAUUGUCACUUAUCAAGGGGAGCUACUUUUACAAGGUGUUCAUGACAAUGUUGAUAUCAUGCUGCUGCAGGACUGAUGCAGUGUUUCAGCUAUGCAUUAAUGGAAUUGUUUGAGACAGUGACUUCCAACAUCCUCUGAAUACAGCUGAUCAUUCCACAGUGUUUUGAUAUAUUUUCUAUAUCUUUAUAGUCAAAAAGAAAUUGUCCUAUUUUGGAAAACAUUCCCUUUCGUAAUUCUUCCUAAAAUGGCACUGUAUGUGAGUAAGGUAGAAGAUGCCAGAUCUUUCGCUUUUUUUUUUUUUUUUUUAAAUCUCAGGUAAUGCUCUCAAAUGUCUGGUGGUUAUUUUCAGCAUAUGAAGAAGGGGACUGAUAAUUUAAUGUUUACAAAUCAAAAUGUGCCAUGAAAGUAUAAAAUAAAAG